CCUAACCUCACUUUUUUCCCUUUCCGGCUUUCCGGCACACUUUCCGGUUACUCCAUGUCAAAUGUAAACAAUUGAUAAUUGAUAAAACUAAACCGCAGUCAAUAACUGCACAAAGAACUUCAAUCAAAGCAAAAGUGAGGAUAUUCUAAGUCAGAAAUUUUCUUUGUUCGUGCCAUAGUGAACAUGAGUAAAGCAGAUUCCAAAUACAAAUCAAAAAAGUUCUUCAUGAAGCAAGGUGGCAACAGAAAGGUCGCAUUGGACCUGAAUUUAAAAGGGUUUCUGUGUAGCUGUAACAACAGAGAAAAAGACUGCAUUAGAGAAGCUUACAAUUUAUUGAAUGAAUACGCAGAUAAGCUAUAUCCGGCUGCUUCAAGAGUGGAAGAAACCGAAGAAGUUCAGGACGAAGAUAUCUCCGAGUCGUUGACGAAAGAAAUCUCAGACUUGAAGGAGGAGUCGACGCCAAAUAAGAAAAGAUUUCAAGCGAUAGAGUCAGGGGCGAGAAAUUUGUUGUUCAUUCGUACGACUGUACCAAACCCGGCUGAACUAGCAGAAGCUAUAGUGAAAGACGUGCAUGAAAAUGGAAGUCAAAAAACCAAAUUCUUGCUAAGACUUGUGCCUGUGGAAACUACUUGUAGAGCUAGCGUGGCUGACAUUGGUAACGCUUUUGUACAACUCGCAGAAAAGCAUUUCCAGGAUUCAGCGCAAACGUUUAACAUUAUGUUUAAUCAUAGAAAUAAUAAUGUUGUUUCUAGGGACGAUGUUAUUAAACUCAUUGCGGAAAAAAUUUCAGCAAUUCGACCAGAUCAUAAGGUUGAUUUGAAAGCUGCAAAGCUGUCGGUCAUUGUUGAAGUAAUCAAGGGUUUCGCUUUUUUGAGUAUUGUUCCAGAUUAUUUAAAGUAUAAAAAAUAUAAUUUGUUGGCAAUUUGUAAUCAAGAAGAAACAACGGAUUCGUAGUUAUAGAUCCUCAUUAUUUUAUUUAUUGCUGCAAUAAAAUUUUAUAUCAGUACAAAAA